CUCAAAGCCAUAUAAAUCAGGCUUUAUCUUUCAAAUUUUACACAGUUGAGUGACUUCACAAUGUUGUGGCGAGCAGUUGGUUUGCUUGUUUUGUUGGACGUUGCUCUUUCAGCUUCAAUCAUCAAGGAAUUACCAGGGUUUCCUGGUCAUCUUCCCUUCAAACUGGAAACUGGGUAUAUUGGAGUGGGUGAACUUGAUGACGCACAGCUUUUCUACUAUUUUAUUGAGUCUGAGAGGAGCCCAAAACAGGAUCCUCUCUUCCUGUGGCUUACCGGAGGUCCUGGCUGUUCGUCUUUCUCCGGACUUGUAUAUGAAAUUGGUCCGUUAUCUUUUAACUAUGCAAAUUCUAGUAGAACCAAACCACAAUUUUCUUUGAAUCCCUAUUCAUGGACAAAGGUUGCCAACAUAAUAUUUUUAGAUCAACCUAUUGGUACGGGAUUUUCUUAUGCAAAAAAUUGGACAGGAUAUAAUACCCUCAAUGAUACACUAGCAGCCACAGAUUCAUACAAUUUUCUAAGAAAGUGGCUUAUAGGUCACCCAGAGUUUCUUGCAAAUUCCCUUUAUAUUACUGGAGAUUCCUAUGGUGGAAAAAUUGUUCCGAUAAUUGCAAAGAAAAUAUCGGAAGGUAAUGAAGCGGGAAUUGAGCCAAUGAUGAAUCUAAAAGGAUACGUGCUUGGCAACCCAGUCACAGAUGAAAACAUAGACUCGAAUGCAAGAGUUCCGUUUGCUCACCUGAAGGCACUCAUAUCAGAUGAACUCUUUGAGUCAACAGAAAGAAAUUGCAAGGGCAAGUACGUUGAUCCAGAUCCAAACAACACACUAUGCAUAAAAGAUCUUCUACGAGUCGAGGAGUGUUUAGAAAAAGUGAAUAUGAAACAAAUAUUGGAACCUGCGUGUGCUUUUUUAUCCCCAAAACCAAAAACAUUAAAGUGGGAUUCAAGCAUUCUUAUAGAGGAUACUAAAUAUUUUCUGUCCUUGGGUCAAGCUCCCCCUGAGCCAUGGUGUCGGUAUUAUAGCCACAUUUAUUCUUAUAUAUGGGCUAAUGAUAAAAUUGUCCGAAAAGCUCUUCAUGUACGAGAGGGGACCAUAAAGAAGUGGGUAAGAUGUAAUAAGUCCUUAAUUUACACAGAAGAUGUCAUAUCUACUGUAGAGUAUCAUCGAUAUCUUCUCAAAAAGGGGUAUAGAGCUCUCAUUUAUAGUGGUGAUCAAGACAUGGCAAUACCAUAUGUGGGUACACAGACAUGGAUAAAAUCUUUGAAUUUGACAAUUCAAUAUGAUUGGCAACCAUGGUUUGUUGAUGGGCAAGUUGCCGGGUCAGUUAUUUUCUAAAACUUUUACUAUAUAUAUACAU